AUGGAUCACUGCAUUACUCUCCGAGAAGCAAAAAGUUUAGAAAUAAUUUCAGCUCCUCGUCCAGCUCUAGCUUUGAGUCCACAAAACUUUUCCAUGAUUCAGCAAGGGAUUCAGCCAGGGAGAUGCAGUCAGGUUGUGCCAGUUGAAGUCGAGACCCGACAAGUAUUCUCUGUCCUUCAAAUGAGAAGCAGACAAGAACAAGUGGGAUGCGCAGAAGUGCAGAUCCCAGCUAGUUGCAGUAACAACGAAUGUUUCCACAAAUCAUUCCGAAGCAUCGACGGAACCUGUAACAACUUCGAAAAUCCGAUUGUGGGUGCGGCAUUCUCGCCUUUUAUUCGUCUACUGCCGAGCGCCUACGAUGACGGGAUCAACAGCAUUGUUGGUUCGAUAAGU